AUUCAACCACCCAGGUAGUUCCUCCAGCCAAUUUCCUAUGUCGGCCGCCGUUUGAUGCACAACAAGCUAGCCUCGCCAGCCAACACGAUCCUCACAAGCAAUACGAAGUACAACAAACCAACCAACUCUAGAAAUCUUGAAGUGGGGGCUAAGCAUCAUGAGGGAGGUUGAUCCUUCAGAGAAGCCCACCGCGGUCAUAAAUAGUAGGACAUCUGUCUGCCUUCCUGCAGCCCAGCUCUCUGUUCCCUCCAUCUUCAAGGAGCAGCGCGUUCGGACUGCACCCGACUCCGAGAUCAUCUUUUGUUGUACAUCGUGUACUUGAUAUUCUACCACUGUACUCUGUACUCCCUCGGCCACUUCCGUCAAUCACCAUGGUCCGACUCUCCGUGUCGCUGGCAGCCAUUCUUGCCACAGGCGCCAUAGCCCAAGCUACCACCAGCCAAACCACCACCAGCCAAACCACCGCCACCCAAACCACCGCCACCCAAACCACCACCACCCAAACCACCGGCACGCUAACCGCCAACCCCUCCUCCACCGUGGUCACGGUCAUGGUGCCAGAUGCCGAUACGACUGGCAUGUCCGGCUCCGUCGUCGAGGUCAACCCCACCGGAACAUCCUUCCUGAUUCCCUGCCCCACCAACACCGAUGAGGAGUGUACUAUUCCAGAAGGCGUCUCCUUGCUAUACGGUCCGUCGACCAUGGUCUUUCGCUAUACGGACACCAACCCCUCGUCGUGAGUGCUCGCGCCAUUCUAACACCAUGUCGGAACCAGCUGACACUCUACAGGACUUAUAAUGAAGCGUGCAACAUUCAACCUUCGAGCAUGGUGUGCGCCACCACAAUCGAAGCGAACGGAACCUCGAAUGCUGCUACGUCAACGUAUAGCGGUACCUCGACCUCGUCGUGGUUCUUCAGUGUAACUGUUACCGCAGGCGCAGAGAAGCUCACGGCAACUGGGUCGUCGUCGGGUACCGGGUCCGUGACGAGUACCGGGGCUGGAGGUACUGGGACCCAAACCGGCGGCGCAAGCUCAAGCUCGAGUACCGGAGGUGUGCCGCGUGCCACUCAAAACGCCGCCGUUCUGGGAGCAGCUGCCUUGCUUGGCGGCGCUCUUUUGAUCUAACGAACUGAGGUGUGGACAAUGACGGGAAGUUGGACACUGUACAAUCUAUAUAUCCCACGAUAUCCAUGUAAAUCUAAAGCCUAGCUGCCAGGCA